GCCAUCCUCUUCUUUCAACCUGUCGCAAACUCGUGAGGAGCCACUGUACUAGCCACUUCGCCAUACAUCGAGCCACCCGUACUUCUGGCAAACUUACACCGACCUGCAGUGUCUCUGUUCUAGGUCUCUCAGGCACCGCGAACCAGUGGACUUACAAAAUGACAUACUACGGUGAUCAUGCACCCAGAGUUACUACUACAGUGAUUACUUUGAUGACAAUUGCUUAUGUGGUCUUCGGCUUGCGUCUUUACACGAGACUUCAGAAUAAGGCUUGGGGCAUGGACGACUGGUGUAUGACGACCGCAGUAAUUCCCUUCACUGCAUUAACGAUAGCAUGUCUGGGAGGUUCCUUUAGAGGUGUUGGAGUGCACGAAAGUAGAAUGACCCCGGAGCAAAAGACUGUGGGUCUCGAGUACUUCUUCUUCUUUGAGAUAUUCUACUGCGCUGCUAUCAUUCCCAUCAAGCUGAGCAUUUCCUUCAUGUUGAUGCGCAUUGCUACGGGAAGACGGGUGUAUAUCAACAGCAUUUAUGCCAUCUCGACCAUGUUCACAAUCAUGAACCUCAUAGCAUUCUUGUACAUCAUCUUCCAGUGCAGUCCUGUUCAAUAUGCAUGGAACACUUCCAUCGUGGGUAAGUGCAAUCCUGCUAAAACUCUUGCCGACAUAUACUAUGCUACCACGGCUGUAAAUAUUGUAACGGAUUGGUUCUCUGCUAUAUUACCAAUACCACUACUCUGGAACGUCCAGCUCAACCGCAAUGCAAAGCUUUCCGUCGGUUUCAUUCUGGGUCUUGGUGCACUCGCGAGUUUAUCUGCUUGCAUCCGUCUCUUUUACACUGUCAACCUGACUAAUUCACAAGAUUACCUUUUUGGUGUCUCCGAUGUUAUGAUCUGGGGAUACGCAGAAAAUGGCGUCGGCAUGAUCGUCGGCUGCAUUUCCACUCUCCGCCCCCUGUUCCGGCGCCUCCUGAACCUCGGGGGCGAAUCAAUCCCUAAACGCACGCCCAACUUCCACACCAUGUGGCCCAGUAACAAUGUGCGAUCCGGCGGGCAAGACGAAGAAUGGGUAGUCUUAAGCGAAACGGAUGACACGAUGGCGAAAGCUAGGAACUCGCAUGCUCCGAUAAGGGGCUCGGAGAGCAAGGAAUGUAUUCUGGGGAACGAGACUACGAAAACGGGCUCGCAGGACUUUACGCGUCCGAGGGAAGGGUCGAAACUUGAGAGUCGUGGGUCAUGAGUGCGAGUGGGUAGGAAUGGAAUGGCAUGUUUUAUAUAAUGAUUGGCGGCCGGGUGCACCAUUGCUCUACACGUAUUUCCUUGUAUACAUAUCAGAAAUCAGAAUCAGAAUCUUAGGCUGCGCAACGAGUACCGGCGGGGCGGAUAAUGAUCUCGAUGGGUAACCCGCGGAUUAUCUGUCGGCGGGGCGGGUAUCCAAAUCCUAGAUGGGUAACCCAUGGGUAAUUUGCCGAUUAUCUGCGGGUGCCCACCUAUUUACAUCUUGUAUAAUAUUUCAUAAAAUUAAUAUAAACUACCUAAGCUUGGAUCA